AUGUCCUCCUUGAACACAUCCGUUAUUCCUCCACGGCCGAACUCGCGUCCAUCCUCGCGCAACUCCAUCGGUCGCUCCGCAAGCCCAGGCAUCACACUGUCCGAUGACAACGUUGCCAUACGCACGCAGAUAUCCACGCUGAAGCACUCGAUUCGCCACCAGCAAGCGCAACUGCACUCGCUCGAAAACGCGCUCUUGCGCGGCCCGCGCCCGCUGCCGCCCGGCAUCCUCAGCUCGCCGCCGCUCUCGCCAGAUGAGCUCGACCGGCCGCCGUCGCCGCCGAGGAUGCAGAAGCGCAACAGCUUUGAUGUGUUGCAUGGGCUCGCGGGUCCGGAUUCGAGCCUUCCCCUGCCGCGAAGGGAGGAGCGGCGACGGUCGUUCGGCGAGGAGAGCGGGAUACGCGAGGGCAUUCCCACCGUCUCCGGGAUGCGAGUACCGAGCCCGACGCGGACACUUAGCCGUAACGCGCGUGCCCUCGCCGAGGAAGGCCAGCGGGACAGUUCACAUGCAAGUCUGUCACCGAACUACGGCGCGUCCACAUCGUCAGUGUCGCCUGCGGCAUCGCCAAAUCGGCGGUCAUCCUUCGCACCGGGGAACACCACCAGAGUCCUUGCGGACUUGCAGCUAGGCGUGCUGAACGCAAGGAACGCGCUCGAGAAUACAAAGGCGCAGCUGCGGGUCAGUCAACGCCAGGUGAGCCAGCUCACACGACAGACGGAGGAUCUGAAAGAGGUGCGCGAGCGGCUGAGGCUAGAGAACGAGGGGUUGAACAACGUGGUGGCACGGAAAGAGCGCUUGCUGCAGGAGGUUCUCGAACGCGCACGGAAAGCGGAGGCAGAAGUGAUCGAGUUGAAGGCGCAGUUCAAGCUCGAGACGACCACUUCGAAGAAGUCGCUCCGCGAUAUGGACACCUCCCUGGCUGAGGCGACAGCGCGCUCGCAGAAGGCCGAGCGAGAGUAUGUCACGUUGCGUGAUUCGAUGAAGGGCCUCGUGGAGUCAUUUCGAGCGGACACCGAGGGCGUGCGCGAGGAGAUGCGGCGGCGGGAGGAGAAGCUCCAGCGAGAGGCACAGGAGCUGGGCAAGCGGUACGCGAAGCUCGUGGAGGAAGUGCGCAAGGAACGGGAGCAGGGCGGUAUGGGCAUGGGUGACGUACGGCAGCUGAAAGAGGAGUACGGGCAAGUCGGGAAGCAACUGGAGGAGAGCUUCCGGGAGGAUAUCGGCGCGUUGCGCGCGGAGGUGGAGCGGGUGGGGAAGGACAACGAUGAGGCGUGGCAAACUGCGAGGUCCUUGGCGGAGGAGCUCGCUCGCCUUCGCCGACUUAUGCGAGCGGACGGCGCUUCGACGACACCGGCUGGAACGAGUGUCACCCCUUAA